GCCUGGCCGUAUUUUCUUGGAAACCACAAUCACAUUUCCUUCAAUGACAAAUAUCCAUUCGAUUUUUUAGGCAGCCCAAUAUUUUAACAUUAGUUAAUAAGCUCAAGCUCGUCUACCCACGCAAUUAAACUUUCCCAAAAAUCCUUAACAACUGCUACUGCAUACUCCAUCUUCUUCUCCGUCAAGUCAGUCGCCAUUGAAACUGAAAGCAAGCAAGCAAGCAAGCCUACUGGAAGAAGGAGACAUGGCGGUGAGCAACAACAUAACGGCGUUUCUCAACUUCAUCGCCCUGAUGUGCUCCAUCCCGAUCAUCUCCGCCGGAAUCUGGCUGGCCUCCAAGCCCGACAACGAGUGCAUCCGCUGGCUCCGGUGGCCCCUCAUCUGCAUCGGAAUCGCCUUCCUCGUCGUCACCCUCACCGGGUUCGUCGGCGCCUACUGGAAGAAGGAGGGCCUUCUCGGCGUCUACCUUGUCUGUAUGUUCAUCCUCAUAGUCCUCCUCCUAGUCCUCCUCGUCCUCGCCUUCGUCGUCACCCGCCCCAACGGCGCCUACUCCGUCGCCGGCGUCGCCUUCCGGGAGUACAGGCUCGCCGGCUUCUCAUCUUGGCUCCGGGAUCACGUCACCGGCGACGACAACUGGCCCGGAAUCAGGUCCUGUUUGGCCGAAACCCAAAUCUGCCCUAAACUCGCUCAGAACUAUGUCUCCGCCGCCGAUUUCUUCGCCGCCCACCUUUCUCCGAUCCAGUCAGGCUGCUGUAAGCCUCCGGCAAUAUGUGGCUUCCAGUAUUCGAGCCCGAUAUCGUGGGCGGCGCCAGCUAACAUAGCAGCAAGCCCCGACUGCUACGCCUGGAACAACGAUCCGAGCCAGCUCUGCUACAAUUGCGACUCGUGCAAAGCUGGCCUGCUUGGGAACCUGAGGCAUGAAUGGAGAAAGGCCAACAUUAUACUCAUCGUCACCGUGGUGGUCUUGAUUUGGGUUUAUAUCAUAGCCUGCAGUGCUUACAAGAAUGCUCAAACUGAAGAGCUUUUCCGCAGAUACAAACAUGGUUGGGCUUGAUCUUGAUGGUACUUUUCAGUGCAUCCAUCUUCCACUCUUGUUUUCGACUUGUUAGUAAGUUCUAUUCUGCUUCUUUUGUGCUGUUGUAAUGUCUAGUUUCUGGUUUUGUGUAUGUCCUGUGUAGUUUGUUGUGUGCUAAUUUUGAUGGGCUACAAAAAUGAAAUGCACACGCCUGUAGCAAUACUAUGUGCAAAGUUUUCAUGUAAGCAAUCGAACAAAACGAGCAGCACAUACAUUGAUCACAUAGUUUUUGUUACCUUUGAAUUGAAAGAUGUGUCAAUUUAUUAUAAAUUGGCAAUAUUCC